AUUUUUCACAUUUUAUCAAAUGCUUAUUAGAGGUUUAUAAAACGUUUGAUAAAAAUUGUUAUUCAUAAUCGUCAUUUAGCGCUAAAAUCCUCUUUUAUCUGUGUGAUAAGUUAUCGAGAGCUCGGGCCUUGUUUAAAGCUCUAAUAAACCUAUUUUAACCUAACUUUUAUAAAUGUCAUUUCAUAUGAAUGUCACUUCGUUGGUUUAUUUAUUCAAAAUAUCCUUGCUGUGAUCCUUGCUUGUGAAAAUGAAUGCUAUAAAUGCAAUUGUGCAUUUAGCCAAUAAUGCCGACCCAGCGCGACGUAGAAAGCUCUACCGCCAACGAAGCAACCCAUUCGAUUUGCGGGACCUAAAUUUUAAAAUAAAAUAUAGGUUCAAUAAGGACACAGUGCGCACCAUCAUAGAUUUGGUGGAAGAUGAUCUGGUUCAGAGCGCUAGAGGUGGUGGCACGUGUCCUGAACUGCAAGUUUUAGUGGCCAUAAGAUGUUGGGGACGUCGUGAGGUACAAGAUGAUGCUGGUGACCUCCAUGGCCUAAGUCAGCCGACAGUGAGCCGGAUAUGCGCCAGAGUCGCGCAUGCAAUCGCGAAUAAGGCAAAUUCCUUCAUCAAAAUGCCUAUCACUAUAGGAGAGCAGGAAAGAAUUAGUGCCAAAUUUAGAGCAAUUAAAAAUUUUCCUGGGGUGAUAGGAGCCAUAGAUUGCACCCACAUUAAAAUUAAAAAAACCGGAGGUGACAUGGCCCAGUACUAUAUUAAUAGAAAAGGCUAUUAUUCCCUGAAUGUUCAGGUUGUCUGUGAUGCUGACCUCAAAAUAAUGGAUAUAGUGGCUAGAUGGCGAGGCAGUACACAUGACAGUCGAAUUUUUAUGGAGAGCAAUAUAAAACAACGAUUUGAGGAUAGGCAGUUUAGAGGACGCCUUAUUGGCGAUUCGGGCUACCCUCUUCUGCCAUAUCUAUUUACACCUAUUUUAAGGCCUAGUCGUCCAGAAGAAGAAGCAUACAAUAAUGCUCACAUCUCAACUAGGAACACUGUUGAAAGGUGUUUUGGGGUGUGGAAGCAGCGGUUCCAAUGCCUACUCCAUGGCUUACCAGUAAGCCUCCAAAAUGGAAAAGCUGUGAUCAUAGCAUUGGCUGUAUUACAUAAUAUAGCCAUUGAUAUGAAUGACACAUUGUUAGAACAACAUAUGGAGCAGGUCCCUGUAACUCCGCAACUUUCGACGGAGAACAGUGUUCACGACAACCGACCUUCAUUGUUGAGGCGUAGGUCGCAGUUGAUACUACAAAAUUUUAUAAAUCAACAUUUUUGAAUGAUACUGUUCCUGGCAUCUUAAUGAAAAUAAAAAGAAUAUUUGAUUGAAAAA